AUGAAAAAAACUGAUUAUCAUUCAAAUGAAAAUGAUUUUCGUUUUCACCGUCGAAUACAAACAUUAGCUAGCAUGGGUGGUCACAAAUCAAAAAUUGAUCCAACAGUAUUGACUCCAAAACAAAUAGAAGUUCUAACAGCAAAUACAAAUUUAAGUGAGGGUGACUUUCGUUUUCAUCAUCGAAUACAAACAUCAACUAGCAUGGGUGGCAAGAAAUCAAAAGUUGAUCCAACAGGUUUUAUACGUGAUUGUCCAAAUGGUCGACUUGAUAAGAAAAAAUUUCUUGAAGUUUAUGAACAAUUUUGUCCUGGAGGACAUGCAAAAAACUAUUGCAAAUAUGCAUUUGAUGCAUUUGAUAAGAAUGAUGAUGGAACAAUCGAUUUUAGUGAAUUUCUUUUAAGUGUUGCAGCUACAAAAGGUGGUAAUGUCGAUGAAAGACUUUCAGCUGCAUUUGAUUUAUACGAUAUUUCGGAUGAUGAACAAGUUGACCAGAAGGAAUUAGUGAAAAUGAUUACAGCUAUAUAUGAACUUAAUGGCGUAGCUGAUCAUGGUGGUCAUAAUAAUCCGAAAACACGUGCUGCUGAGAUUAUUGCUUCACUUGAUGUUAAUGGAGACAGAAAAUUGAGUAAACAAGAAUUUAUUGCUGGAUGCAAGAACGAUCCGUAUAUCCGUCAAAUACUUGCUCCUAAUGCUUAA